ACAACAAAGGUACAACAACAAACAGCCUAUACAAAUACUAGACCAUUGGAGGGCGUAUUAUUAAUUACAAUGUUCUUUAAUUAUUUGUAACCAUCAUAAACGUAAACUAAAUUAAAUUAAAGUUAGAAUGCUUAAAUAUGCACGUUUGUCUCAUUAAGUAAACAUUCCCAACAGGAUCUUAUCUCCCCAAAGAUAAUAACGUACUUAGUUCAGGUAUGUAUAUAAAGGUGAGCAGGGACUGUUUAAACAUUUAUUCCCGUUAAGAGUAUCUAUAUUAACUGUCGCCAUGCUCGCGUCUAAGAUAGUUGUAGUGUUCCUCCUGUGUUUUGUUCACGGUAGCAUUGGUAAACCAGUAACAGAAGAUGAAGUAGUAGAAGGCCGCGGAAUUAUGACUUCCAUAUGGGAAUGGAUAAAAUAUCCCUUUUCUUAUAUUUGGUGGAGUUCAGAGGAAAAUGGCCAACCUGCGGCUCAACCACUUAUAGCAGCUGCCACAAGCGACCCUAACAACAUCAUAGACAUCGGAAGCCUCAAAGUAUCCGUUUCUUGUAACGAUCAAACUUGUACUACAGUCAAAUGUAACAAGACUCAAUGUAGAAAUAUUACCUGCAGCAUUUAUGAUACUAAUUUUCGAGGAGAAUGCAGAGAAUAUAACAUCUUAAAUGUUUCGGAAGAACCUCUGGCGGCAAAGUCAACAGAACCGACUCCAAAAGAAACGAGUACGAGUGUUAUGAGUAAGCCAACAGAGAUUUUGUUAAUAACUUCUACUGAAAGUUAUACUACGGAGGGGAAGGGAAACAACCUGAAGACGGAAGAGCAUCCUCUCGAACUAGAAAAACUUAUAUCGCUAACUGUUAACGAUAAGAAAUCGGACAAAAUAAAAACAUACUCAGAAGAUAUGAAAGAGAUUGAGAAUGCCGGUACAAAAGAGGGGCUUAUUACAUACAAUGAAUGAAGCAACUGAUUGACUGUAGCAAAAUAAUUUUAAUCUAUUUGGUGUUGCAAUCCUUCGACCUAAUAAAAUUAAUCAUCCCAGUGUAAGAAAAAAUACUGCUAGUUAUGAAAAUAUCGCCAACUAGUAUUUCGAACUAAUAUGGACUAUUUGAAAACUGUAUAACGACUUCUUAUCUUUUGUUACAUUUCUAGAUAAGGAAUUGAAACGCUUAGUUAAGUCCAUAGAUGUUUGUCUUAAGAGUAUGGAAGAGGGUAAUAAAAUAAACAUUCCUACUCUAAUAGGAAUAGUCGUUACUAUAAGUUACUUCCUAAUUAAAAUCAUUAUUCUAUGA